AUGGAUGCGAGUCAUUUGAAGGAGGUGCUGAAGCAGGUCCAGGACGGUGCACCGCUGUGCUGGUGUCAUUUGGAAUGCCGCCAGAUGCCUGGAGUGCUUCAAAUGGCCUCGAUUCUGCGUCCAGAAGUCCCUGACUUCAGGUCUUCUUUGACGCCAAUCCUUUCCGUCGAGGUGGAGAAACCUGCCUUGGAAGUGGGCGCACUGCUUCCGUUGUUGCAGCGCUGUGAUGUGGCAUUUUUCUCUAGCGAUUUCAUUCGGGCCCAAGCUUCAAACUUACUCGGCACGGACGACGUGCAGGCCACCGCAGGUCAACCCGAAGACUGGCGGGAUCACAUGGCCCUGCUGUGUUUGCGGGCCCUUGCUUCUAAGGCAAGAGAGUGGAGAUCGCUCUGGAUUUGUCCCUGGGGAGCCUUCGGUGCCUUUGCCCUGGAAGUUCCUAGCGGCGAGGUGUACUUCGAGAAGGCGCUUGCAGUCAAGGCCGCCCAGGGAGUCAUGUGGUACAGGCUUUUAGGUCCCUCGAACAUGCAACUGACAGGUGUGUCUUGUGAGGGACUGCGCACGGUGGCCACGAGGAUGUUGAAGAGAUCCCUUCAAGAAGAUGGAGGUGAUGAUAAGAGACCGAGACGGGAGGAGCAUGCCAACCUUUGCACUCCAACCUUCAAGCUGCUGGCUCCGCGGACGUUGGCCAGUGCGAUUGCGUUCAGUCAAUCAGUCAUCGAAAAGGCAGCCCAAGGCAUGUUGCAGAUGACCGGAUAUGACGAUGCCUAUCCCGGCACCCACCAGCAGGUUGUCACCAUCGAGUCGCCAGGAUGGGAGCACAUUGUGGCUGCCGUGAAGCAAAUCUUGCUCAUGGUCAACAACUGUUACGAGUGCAUCAUGCCUGGGCACGAGGAGCGACGCCUGGCAAUCGUCAUGCCAUCGUGCUGCAUAAAUACCCUUAUCGGCGUGAAAGGUGCAAAUGAAAGGGAGCUCCAGCGGCGAACGGGCUGCCGCAUGGAGUUGGACGACGUCGCCAUAGGCCAUGGGCCUGGUGGCGACAGGGCAGUGAACAUCAUUGGAGUGCCAAAGGGGCUGGAGGAAGCCAUCGUGUGGACGGUGCAGGUAGUACAAGAGUCUCAUGCCCAGGUUUGGUUUAGAAGAUGGGCAGAGAGAAGCAAUGCCGAGAGGCUUUGGCAAGAACAGGCUCCGCCACCGAGGGAUUGGCAGGUGGAGCGACAGAACGGCCAUGAGGAUGCUUGUAUGGGAAAUAUGCCCAUGAUGAGAGUGGCGGGUGGCAUGGGGAUGGGCGGCGUGGGGAUGCUGCCAAUGAGCACAGCAGGCGUCGUUGGCAUGUGGGGUUCCGCCACAGGCGAGGGCCUCGCAAGAGGCUGCGGCCCGUGCGAGUCGAGCAUGGGGAGCGACUACGGGCGAGGCAACUUCUGCAAGGGAGAAAUGGGCGGAGGUUGUGGCAUGGAGGCUGCCAACCUUGUCAUGCACAUCAUGGACGACAUGCCCUCCUUCGUCACACAAGAUCCUGGCAGAUUUAUCAUGAACUGCAUCGUAUCGCAGCUACCCUGCAGCAGAAGGCUAUGCACGUGA